AUGACGUAUUGUGUGUACGAUAUAAUAAUAACUUCUCCUACCUACCUACCACACUAUGGUACCAGAAGCCUCCCGAGACCGCACGCAUAUCAUUAUAAACAACGUCGAGUGGACCGCUGCCGUGGUAAUCGACCGGUACACACACACUACCCAUCCAUCGCCACAGUCGUCGCCGACACACGUGACUAUUAUAAUACUCAGGCUAUGGAGUACCUCAAAUUGAGUUCCGGUGGCAGCAUGCCGAUGGUUGGCUAUGGUACAUGGCAGGCAGUAGACAAUGUUUUGGAAUCGGCCUUGAACGAAGCUCUGGAGAGUGGGUACAGGCACAUCGACACGGCCACGGCUUACAAGAACGAACACGUCAUAGGAAAAGUUUUGAACGAAUGGAUAACGUCCGGCAAAGUGACCAGAGACGAGUUGUUUAUCGUCACCAAGCUGCCACCUUUCAAGAAUCGGCCUGAAGACCUGGAGGGGUGUUUGAAAAAAUCGCUUGAAGACUUGCAAUUGGACUACGUUGACAUGUACUUGGUGCACACUCCGUUCAGCGUGACAGAGGGAGAAACGCCCGCCUAUAGUGGCAUGAAAAUUGAUGUCAGCACGGACCACUUGGCGAUUUGGGAGAUGAUGGAGAAACAGGUGACUUGCGGCCGAGCAAAGGCGAUUGGAUUGUCGAACUUCAACGUUAAACAGAUACAGAGGGUGCUGGACAACUGCAAGAUCAAACCCGAUAACUUGCAAGUGGAAAAUCAUCUGUAUCUCCAACAACCCGAGCUCGUGGAAUUUUGCAAGAGCAAUGGGAUCGCUGUGACCGCAUACUCGUGUUUGGGCGCGAAAGGUGGCCGGGAAGUCAUGGGGUUCAGUUGGACCAAAGAAUUGCCGGAAAUGUUGGAAAACGACGUGGUGUUGAGCAUUGCGGAGAAGCACGGCAAGACUGCGGCCCAAGUAUUGUUGCGGUUUAUUGUCCAGAAGGGUAUCGUAGUCAUACCAAAAAGUACAAAUCCACAGCGAUUGGCAUUAAAUAUACAGAUUUUCGACUUCAAAUUGGACGAACAAGACAUGGAGGCCUUGAUUGCUCAGGACGCCGGAGAAGGAGGCCGUAUGAUGCGUCUUCAGUUCUUCGCUGGAAUCACGGACCAUCCAGAAUAUCCUUUCGAAAAGAGUGCUUGA